AUGGGGCGCGGGGCGCCCGCGGGCUGCGCAGAGCGCGGCGGGGCGCGGCGGGGGGUCGUGGCGGCCGGCGCGGUCGGGGCGAUGCCGCGCGGGUGCCCUGCGGUGGCGCAGCUGCGCGGGGAGGUCGCGUACGAGGCGGACCGGCCGUUUCCGGAGCCGAUGAAGCACCGCCUGGUGGUCCUGGCCACGGACAAGAACUUCCGGAUCCCGAAGUGUCCGGAGUGGCACCGCCUGAGCGCGCAGAGCCGGAGGGAGCCUGCGGGGAGCGCGACGGUCGCCGAGGUCAUGUCUGCGGUGGAGGAGUCGCCGGAGUCAGUCAUGCACUGCCUCGUGGUGUGCUCGAUCCUCGACCUGAACGCGGAGGGGCGGAGGGCGCUGUGGAGCAUGCUGGAGAGCGCGUGGCGGGAGUGCGCGGCGCAGGGAGAGCUGUGGGUGCUGACGCUCGCGAUACUGCUCCACAUGGGGAUCACGCGCUUCAGGUUCCCGGAUAAGAUCUUGGGCGAGCGGCCCGACGCCGCGGAAACGGUCGAAGACGUCGCGGGGCGCCUGGCGCGACGCAGCGAGGGAUUCUGCACCUGGGCCCGGCGCACGGCAGAGCCGCGUGGCGUCCUGUUCCGCGGCCUGCAGCCCGCGCUCGCGGAGAUGCGCGACGCUGGGCGCGCACGGGAUACCGCGGGGCCGGACGCGCCCGCUGGUGCAACCAGCGAGACCAGACGUCUCUCCGCUGGCAGCAUGGCGCGGCCGGCGGCCGAAAUCAUCAGGGACGCCGUGAACCAGAGCGUCGUUGGCUCGCAGGCGCGCACGGCGCUGCGUGCGGUCCUGGAGCGGCACGAGACGGGUCGAGAGCGCCUCGCGUGGCCGCAGAUCGCCAUGUUGGCGCGGGCGUGCGCGGUGGCGGGCGCCGCGAAGACGGGCGUGCGUCUGCUGCCCGCACUCAAGGAGCUGAUGAGCGUGUGUCGGGAGGAGAAGCGGUUGCGCGGCGCCGGCGACGCGUCCGCGGGCACGCUGUUCGCGACCUACGGCCUCGAAGUUGGCGACGCGACGGAAGACACGAUAUCCUAUCUGGAGUCCCAGAUCCACGCCCUCGAGCUGACCUUCUCGGCGGCGCGGCAGAUGACGGCGAAAGACCCGCUCGGAGACUGGCGCGAGCUCGACGACCUGCUCCGGCACGCCGUCGAGCGGGAGGAGGCGCGUGGGUGCGCGGUACACGCAGGAGCCACAUCGACACAACAGGGCGUGGGGUCCGUGGCGACGCCGGGGCGCAAGCGGAAGCGGCGAGCGUCGCCGGCGCGCGAGCCUCCGGCCGAGAUCCUCCAGGAUCUGGAGCCGGAGACGGACGAGGACUCGCUGCACGACUCGGACGAUUCGUUCGAGGAGUACGGAAUCGAGAAAGCACGAUGA